AUGACUGGGGUUGGUCUUCUUUCUACACCGUACACUGUUAAAGAAGCUGGCUGGGCUAGUGUGGCAGUGCUUGUCCUUUUUGCAGUUAUCUGUUGUUAUACGGCCACUCUUAUGAUGUACUUCUUCGAGAGCCGGGAAUGCAUCAUAACUUAUCUAGAUAUUGGAGAAGCAACAUUUGGAAGAUUUGGACGACUUUUCAUAUCUAUCAUUCUAUACGCAGAAGUAUAUUACUAUUGUGUGGAGUUUAUCAUUUUGGAAGGGGAUAAUCUCACCAGGCUAUUUCCCGGAGCAAAUGUGGACUGGGGUAGUCUCAAGCUGGAUUCGGCCCACUUCAUUGGAAUACUCACUUGCCUUAUUGUUUUGCCAACUGUUUGGUUGAGGGAUCUCCGAGUCAUAUCGUAUCUUUCACGUGCCAAACUUUGA